ACACAGUUUUUUAGUCCAUGUAUUGAAAUUCAUAUUAUCAAAUUUGUUCUUCAAUUCUUGAUUGAUGUGAUUCAAAUUCAGCUGCGGUAUUUGAAUUGGGAUUUGCAGCAGAUGCAAUCAUGCAAGCGGAGCUGGCAAGCCUCAUAAGCCGAACUCUACUCGUAGCGUCGAGCCGUGGUUGGACGCCGUCACACGAGAAGACGCUACAUCAACUCGGCUGCCGCCACUCACUGACCCCCGUCGUCGUCGCCCGAGUCAUCGACCCCUUCCUCCUCAACCAACACUCUCUCGCUUCCGGAUUCUUCAAUUGGGCAUCCCAGCAGCCAGGCUUCUCCCACACCUCCGACACCUACCAAUCCCUCCUCAAAUCCCUAGCCAUUUCCCGCCAAUUCAACUCAAUCGAUAAGCUUUUAAAGCAAAUCAGAGCACAGAGGGUUUCCUUGCACCCCCGCGUUUAUCGCUCCGUCAUUACUUCUCUUGUCGCUGGGAGGAGAACUCACACGGCCUUCUCUCUCUUUCGCGAUGUUGCCUCCAUCGCGCCGGAGGUAGGGCCUGAAGCUUGCAAUUCGCUUCUGGCCGCGCUGGCUUCUGAUGGGAAUGUGAAGAGUGCCCGCAAUGUGUUCGAUGAAAUGCUUAAAAGAGGUGUUCGUCUCAGUACUAUUGGUUUUGGGGUUUUUGUGUGGAGGAUUUGCGGAAAGAUGGAACUGGUUGAGAUUCUGGGUUUGAUUGAUGAUGUAAAAAAGGUUGAUUUUUCGGGGGUUAAUGGCUCGGUUGUUGCGCUGUUGGUGGUUCAUGGUUUGUGCACUGAGCUUCGGGCGAAUGAUGCGAUGUUUGCAUUGGAGGAGUUGAGGAAAAGAGAAUGUAAGCCUGACUUUAUGGCGUAUAGAGUUGUGGCUGAGACGUUGCGCCAGAUGGGAUGCGUGGUUGAUGUGAACAUGGUUUUGAAGAGGAAACGUAAGUUAGGGGUGGCACCAAGGGCCAGCGAUUAUCGGGAGCUUAUUCUUCAGUUUGUUACAGAGAGACACUUGUGUGAAGCAAAGGACUUGGGCGAUGUGAUUGUGAGUGGGGAUUUUCCGAUUGACGGUGAUGUUCUGAAUGUCUUGAUAGGAUCUGUUUCGUCUUCUAAUCCCGCAUGUGCAAUCUCAUUUUUAAGGUUCAUGCUCGAGAAAGAAAGAUCACCAACUCUGCUGACAGUGAUCAACUUGUGUGAAAACCUUUGUAAGCAUGGAAAAGGAGAAGAGUUGGUUGUAGUAUUCCAGCUCUUGUCCAUGAAGGAGUACUUUAGGAACUUGGAUAGUUACAACGUGAUGGUUUCCUACCUUUGUAAAGUGGGAAGAGUUAAAGAAGCUUAUCAGCUGCUUCAAGAGAUGAAGAAAAAAGGUUUAGGACCCGACGUGUCAUCUUAUAAUUAUCUUCUUGAAGCUUGCUGCAGGGAGGAUCUUGUGCGCCCUGCAAAACGGUUGUGGGAUGAGAUGUUUGCAAUUGGUUGUUGUGGUAAUUUGGAAAGUUUCAAUAUCCUUAUCAACAAAUUUUGUGAAGUAGAUCAGGUCGAAGAUGCUUACCACCUGUUUAACCAGAUGACCAUGAACGGAUUGGAACCCAAUGAGUCAACAUACAAAUCCCUCCUUCAGAGCAUCUGCCGGGCGAAAAAUGUUGAGUUAGCCUUUGAAAUAUUCAACAAGGCCAUUGAACAGGACGAAGGACUUGCCAAGGCCUUACUAAAUACAUUUGUUCUUUGCCUCUGCAAAGAAGGGUUUCUCCUUCCGGUUUCUCAAUUGUUGCGUGAACUCACUUGUCGCAUAGGAUGUGUAGAAUCUCAUUUGACUUUUUUGAGAUACUUAGCUGAUGCUGGACAGCAUUCCUUGGCCUGCAAGCACUUACAAUGGAUUGCAGAUGAAUCACCUGAAAUGCUACAUACUAUUCCCCCCGAAUUUGCUACAUCACUCUCAUCUUCGUGACUCAGAUUAUCAACAGUAAUUGCAUUACGAGCAGUUAAGCUGAUGGUUCUAUAAUCACUGUCAUGUAGCCAAAACUAGGGUUAUCUAUAUCACAACAAACCACAGUGACAGCCUAUAAGUUUUGAAUUGUGAAAUUUGUAAUAUAUGUUUCAUGAAAUGAUUUCUUUUAUCAUUCACCUCUGUCAAAAUAUUAUCAGCGUACACUACUAGACUUGUUCAAGGGAUUAUACACAAAAAGGCCAGUUUUUGGUUUUGGAUUUGUGGUGUUGCAUCGAAACAUCCUAUUUACACUCUUUUGAACAAGAGACUAAUUUGUAAUUUUUGGUGCUAUGACCUAUAUCCUCUUGAUUACUUCUUUGAAGGGAGUUUAAAUGUGAUCAUGGGGGAUUUAAGGGUGAGCUCUAGCCCACUGCAGCCCUCCAAGAAAACUGGCAUUCUACCGGCAGGCUAUGAUUGAUGUAGCAAAUGGAUAACUCAUGCUGUGAAUGAUGAGGGCCACACUGUCCAUUUAUCAAUCUAUAUCAUUCCAUGAAGAUGAAGGCUCCAAGAAUUAUGAUGAAGGUAUGGUUUUUGCAUGGGGGCUCCUCCAAUGCUACACUUGGAAGGAACUGCUGGAGUCUCGUUGCGUCGAUAAUGGUCGUAUUGGACUUUUCAGAGUACUGCGUUUAAGAGGAUGCAUCACAAAUUGUAUACUAUAAUCUUAGUCCACCUUGUUUGUGCUUAACAAUGUAGUGAAAAAAUGGACAUGUUAGUUUGGAUAAUCAAGAACAAUGUGAGAUCUUGAUGUAAGAAACGCAGGAAAGAAAUACUUCCUCCACUCCUAAUUAAGUAUCCUCUUCAGCAAAA